AUGCUUAUUUGUGCCCCCACGAACAUAUGAACAUGGGUCCAGCCUCAUGUAAACUGGACUGUCCGCUGGACAGUGGACAGUCCACGUAACGGAAAAGGUGAUGUCCCUGCUUUCCGGAUUGAACGGAAAAUGACAUCGAAUAAACAGCCAUUAGAGACAUUUUGACUUGUGUGUGAUUGGAAACCAUGGAUGUGUCAACCGACCACCAUGAGGUGGAUGAUGAGGACAUGGACGAAUUGGACGAGGACGAGGAGGACGAACACGUGGAAACAUGUCGGAUUUGCGGUCAACACGGACCAGGUCACGCCCACAUACUGGGAGAGACGGGACAACGCCGACAACUGGCCGAGAAAAUACGCUUCUGCUUUUCUACUCAAGUAAGGAAUGGAAAGGUUUUGAAUGUUCACGCACACGAUGGUCUCUCCAAAUGGUUGUGUCAAGAGUGCCAACAGUCUUUGAAUAAUUCGUUCGCCAAUGCCAAAAAGAUACAGGAAUUUCAAUUUACUCUAAAGCGAAGAGAAGAAGCUCGGAAGCUCAAAAAUAAAAGUGCCUUCCAAUUGUCCCAUUUUGUCCAUGGUGAUACGAACUAUGCAAAUCGAAGCCCCAACGCGUCUGAUGAAAAGAAAUCAAACUCCAAGGUUGCCGUUCAACAAGUAAAUGAUACUGGCUUGUACAAGGUAUCCAUCAACGGUUCGGUAAAGAGACCUCAGUCGUUGGAUUUAAGCCUAGAGGACCUGCUCGGCGAGGGUGUCAACGACCAAGAUGGUCGCGAUGGUUCCAAGGUUUCCAAAACCGAAUUCAUAACCACCCCUGAUAUGCCCAUUGGGAAUCCGGAAAUGUCGUUUUCGAUUCCUGAUUCUCUCAUGUUCCCACAUUAUCAAGGAGAACCCCAACGAACUUGUCAGGCUGAGAGGCCCAAACAAGUUGAAGCAGGAUAUAACAGCGUCAAACUUCAGCAAGAUCUCUUGGCCAAGACCCCUCCGGUAUCGUCUCAUUCGGUUUCCCCGGCUGAGCUUUCAGCAAUAACCCUUCCCGCCAAUUCACUGAGCCAUCAUCCCAUUCCUUCCGCCACUCUAAGCCAGAGCAUUGUUUCGCCCUUACCACAUUCCCCAUCUUUAUCCAUGAACCUCAAGGCUGUAUCCCAGUCCAUGUUUCAACAUCUGACUCCUCAGCAACAUCUGAUUCACUCUCAAUUGUCUCAUCUGGCUCAAAGUACCCGCACAAUCACGGCCACUUCCAGAUCGCCGAGCGGGCUUACACCCAUUCCAAUAUCAGAACUGUCCAAAGAAGGCAUAUUCACGUCCAGUAAUGGGAUGUUGAAAGUGAUAUCUUUGUCCUCUUCGCCGCCUCAAUUACCCAUGAAUGCCUUGAAUACUGUAUCUGGCUCUUCGAAUCUGGCUGCCAAUGUCACAUUACCCGAUGGGAGUCGGAUUCAUGUUCCCAUUGUGAACGGGACGAAGCUACCGGACAUCCAAAUGCUUCAAAACCAAUUGAAAAAUAACGAUCUCUUAUCCCAAAUCCGUGUUCCAUCCAUGACCACCAGUCUGCCCAUGACUCCAAUGCGCGAAUCCGAUGAUAUGGUCCAAUCUACCAUAUCCCUGUUGAGUCUGGGCAGUGGCAGCUUUAAGUGCACGCAGUGCAGCAUUAGCUUCAAGAAUGCCGAUGUGAAAACUAUGGUGAAGCAUUGUCUCACAGCUCACGGAACCGCCAAUACGCUCUUUGGAUGUCCAAUGUGCCAUGAGAAAAACGACAAUCCUACCAAGAUAUUGGAGCACAUGAAGAUGUACCAUGACGAUGGAAUAUGCGGGAAUGAUCUGUCGGCCGAUCACCUCUUCAACAAUAUGAAUAAAACUAACAUCAACAACAAUAUCAUUCAUCCCGCAGUGGAAGCUCCCACGCCUCCUUCUCAACCCAUCCGACAAGAAUGCUCAGUAUGCCAUGAGAGCUAUACCACUAAAGCAGCCAUGAAAAUCCAUAUGCAAAACGCUCAUUUUGCCACGGGUUUGCACGAAUGUCCCACCUGUCAGCGAAUGUUCUCCAGUCGAGCCACAUUGAAAAGGCAUCAAUUGACUCACGCUGGAUCUCGAUCCUUUACUUGCAAAGUUUGCGCGGCAAACUUUGGACAAAAAUCGGCUUUGACGACCCACAGCAAAACCCAUGAUGCCUCGUCCACAGUCACAAAUUUGUUUUGCAGUUGUUGCGAGAAGCAAUUUGACAAUCGGCAAACGUUCAAUUCCCAUUUAACUGAGUGCAGAGGGCGUGCCAGAAAAAAUAAUGCUCCUGCCUUACAAUUACCGAGUGAUAUCCUUGCUCAUGCUAAAGACGAGCCAAAGCACGAAUCAAGUCCGAUUGUACCUUAAUAGCAUCUCAUCGAAUUCUCUUUACUACUAAUCGCUUGUUAAGAUCUGAAGAUCGGGUUUAUUCUACACUAACAUGAAAUUCAUUCAGAAAUAAACGCUCAUAUAACUGACAAAA